CUCUUGGCCAUGGAUUCUCCUCAGAGCCCCUCAACCAACCCCUGGGUGCUCCUAGGGAGCCGGACGUUACUGGAUGCACCAUCGGCCCUGUGCCUGGAGAGGAGACAAGCAGGUGGGAUUCCAAGGAGGGGACGGUGGGAAGGACCACGUGUGACCACGAUUGAAUCGGACAUGGAGGAAGCUGGGGAUGGAGUUUGGGUAGAAAAGGAGGCACAGUGGCUCAUCCAGGGCCCUACAACAUUCCUUAUCUUCAGGUCAGAGCAGGCCCAGGCCUCCUUGAGCCCUCCUAAGCACAUCACAGGUGAAGUGAAGGACACCGAGCCUGCCACCGGGCCCCCAAGACUACCCCUGGCCUCUUCCCAUGAGCAUCAAGAUGGGGGCAAGCGCUGCGAGCAUGCUGUCUCUGGCCUGGAAGUCCUAGAAACUGAGCAGGACAGCCUACGUCUUUGUCUGUUGGGGUUGAGCUUCCAACUACAGGACCUGGAACAAGGCCUUGGAUCUUGGACACUGGCCCACAGCAGGAUUGUCCAGCUGCAGGCCCUACAGGCAGAGCUACGAGGGGCAGCUGAGCGUGUGGAUGCAUUGCUGGCAUUUGGUGAGGGGUUGGCAGAGAGGAGUGAGCCCAGGGUCUGGGCCUCUCUGGAGCGGGUCCUGAGGGCCCUUGGAACCCACCGAGACACCAUCUUCCAACGGCUCUGGCAGCUGCAGACCCAGCUGAUCAGCUAUAGCCUGGUGCUUGAGAAGGCCAACCUCCUGGACCGGGACUUGGAAGUUGAGGGAGACUCAGACGGGCCAGCACCUGGUGGAAUCUGGGGGCCCUGGGCACCCAGUACCCUCCCUACUCCUGCAGAGUUGGAAUGGGACCCAGCAGGGGAUGUUGGGGGUCUUGGGCCCUCAGGGCAAAAGAUAUCUCGGGUACCAGGAGCUCCCUGUGAGCUGUGUGGCUACAGGGGACCCCAGGGCAGCGGACAGGGCCUUGAGGACCUGCUCACGUUGGGGCUCAGCCACCGGAAACACUUAGCAGCUCACCAUCGAAGGCGUCUCCGGAAGCCUCAGGACAAGAAGAGACAAGCAUCUCCCAGUCCACCAGAUGUGAUGCUGGAGGUGGAUCAUGGGAUCCCUGCUUCUGCACCCAAGCGGCCCCUGACCCUCUUCUUUCUGCUUCUCUUCUUCCUUCUGCUGGGUGCCACGUUGUUGCUGCCCUUGUCAGGGGUCCCCUGCUGUUCUCAUGCUCGACUGGCCAGGACGCCCUACCUGGUGCUCAGCUACGUCAAUGGUCUCCCUCCAAUCUGAGUCCACAGCCCAGACAUGUGUAUUAAAUGGUUGCUUUGCAAAGA